UCUAGGUGAUGGUGCGGCUAAGAUGGACGCUGUGUGAUGGUGCCCCCCGGAUCCUGUGGCACUGAGCACCCGCACCUGGCAUCUGCCACCAGUCCGCGGCUAUGGAGGGACCUGCUGGCUGCUGGCUGUAGACGAGAAGCCACCGGACCCCGAUUAACCCUUUAAUAGCCAGAGGACAUUUUUAAAGGUCUCUGCUCACCAUGGCUGGGAUUAUAAAGAAGCAGAUCCUGAAACAUCUCUCCAGGUUCACAAAAAAUCUUUCUCCUGACAAGAUCAACCUCAGUACGCUAAAGGGAGAGGGUCAGCUGACCAACCUGGAACUAGAUGAAGAUGUUCUCCAGAACAUGCUGGACCUCCCCACGUGGUUGGCCAUCAACAAGGUUUUCUGCAACAAAGCCUCCAUCAGGAUACCAUGGACAAAACUGAAGACUCACCCCAUCUGUCUGUCCCUGGACAAAGUUAUUAUGGAAAUGAGCACAUGCGAGGAGCCUCGGCAGUGUAACGGUCCUUCGCCCCUUGUUACGGCGUCCGGACAGAGUGAAUAUGGUUUUGCUGAGAAAGUAGUUGAAGGAAUCUCCCUCUCUGUGAAUUCCAUAGUAAUCCGAAUUCGAGCGAAGGCUUUCAACGCCUCUUUCGAGCUCUCCCAGCUGAGAAUAUACAGCGUCAAUCCGCAGUGGGAGCACGGAGACCUGAGAUUCACUCGCAUACAGGAUCCUCUUCGUGGAGAGGUCUUGACGUUUAAAGAGAUCAACUGGCAGAUGCUCAGAAUAGAAGCAGACGCGAUUCAGAGCUGCGACCACGAAAUAAUGAGCGCUCCUGUCCGUUUAAUUACUAAUCAGUCCAAAAUUAGAGUCACGUUGAAGAGGAGGCUGAAGGACUGCAACGUGGUGGCCUCGAAGCUGGUCUUGAUAUUGGAUGAUUUGUUGUGGGUGUUGACGGACUCCCAAUUAAAAGCCAUGGUGCAAUAUGCCAAGUCCCUAAGCGAAGCAAUAGAGAAAUCCACGGAACAGAGGAAGAGUAUGGUGUCCGAUUCGGCACAGAGUCCAGCACCCCCGGCCAGCGCCCAACAGGUGAAGACGCAGCAACCUUCUGCGCCCAGCGAGCAAAACCAGGCCAUUUUAAAGCUCUUCAGAGAUUUCGACGUCAAAGAGACCUCGUAUCAUUUAGUCAUCUCCCACCUGGAUCUUCACAUAUGCGAUGACAUCCACUCCCCGGAAAGAGCGUUUGACCGGAGAAUAAGCGGAGGCGCGAUGCAGCUGUCUUUCAGCCAUCUUACUGUGGAUUAUUACCCGUAUCACAGAGCAGGGGACAGUUGUAGCCACUGGAUGUAUUUCGGAGACGCCACGAAGACAAGAUGUUCCUGGGCGCAGGAGCUGCUGCAGGAAUUUAAUGCCAACGUGGACUUGUUGAGGCAGGCUGUUAAGGAUCGUAGUUCUGCGUCCCCAACAAAGUCUGUUCCCAGCGUCUCCCAGCAGUACGGGACAGGUCUUGAAGGCAAAUCCCCCGGAGAGCAGCCGCAGUCGAAGCUCAUGUCCAGUUCAUUUGUAGUUCGGCUCGCUGACCUAAAUAUUUUUCAGGUUUCUACGGCAGAUCAGUGCCGGGCGUCCCCGAAAACAAUGAUUUCCUGCAACAAGAAGAGCCUGUAUCUUCCUCAGGAAAUGUCCGCAAUUCAUAUUGAAUUCACCGAAUAUUAUUUUCCCGAUGGAAAGAAUUUCCCCAUUCCGAAUUCCAACCUCUAUGUACAGCUUAACGCGCUGCAGUUCACGUUGGACGAGCGAAGUAUUCUGUGGUUAAACCAGUUCGUAUUGGAUUUGAGGCAAAGUCUCGACCAGUUUAUGGCCAUGUAUAAACUGACGGACAGCUCCAAAUCAGACGAGCACGUCGACGUCCGCGUGGAUGGGCUGAUGCUGAAGUUUAUCAUACCGUCUCAGAAGAAGAUGGAGUGCCACCACGAUCAGCCCACGGCCAUCAGCGUCCAGACCUCCGAAAUGAUCGCCAGCAACAGCAGACAGUCCCCCAACUGCAGGCGUUCCGACCUAGAAGCCAUAUUCCAGGAUUUUAAGGACUACGAUUUCUUCUCCAAGUCGUUCAGCGCUUUUCCGCGAUCGCGGGAAAGCUUCGACCUCCUGCAUCCUAUAUUUCAGAGGCACGCCUUCGAGCAAGACACGCAGAUGCACGACAUUUACAAAGGACACGUCUACCCCAAACUGGACUCCAACGCACUGAAGGCCUCCGCUGCUAGAGACAUCUGGGCUGUACAUUUCACCCAAUUUUGGAUUGAUUACGAAGGAAUAAAAAGCGGGAAAGGCCGACCCGUUGGGUUUGUCGACGCGUUUCCCUUUUCUGCCUGGAUCUGCCAGCCGGCCCGGUUUCUGCAGUCCCAAAAACGGACGCUGGCGGUCAGGGACAAUCCGUCGGGCAUUUCCAAAAGCGAAUCCACGGACUUUGCCGGCAGGUUGCAACGCAAACAGUUACUGAAACAAUAUUAUAGCACGGAGACCGGCAGCGUCAACGGUUCCUUGCAGAAGUCCCAGUCCUUGGACAACAGUUUAGAAAUCUCCUGCGCGCGUGAGGCUGCCGAAGCCGACGUCCACGUCCUGGCUCACAUACAGAAGCACGUUAGCGCGCAAAUGAAUCACUAUCAGUAUGUUUUCCUUCUCUUACUACAAGAAUCCCUCAAACAGGUAAUGGAGAACCUUCAGAAGGACGUAGAGGCUGUGAACGGCAAACCGGCAGAGGAGACCAAGAUAUCUGUAGGGCUGUUGCUUAAGAGUGCCGAAGUGUCCAUGUUGCUGCAUCCCCUACCGGAGGAGGACCCUUCAAAAUCUCUGUCACACGAAGAGAGUCCUUUAGUGGGCAGCAAGACAUUAUCCCCGUCACGAGAGCUUUCGAGCGACACCAUAAUCAACGCAGACGUUGACUUGGGCAAAGCUGAUUUAAUCUCUCUUGAUGAGAAACCCGACCUCAAAGAUUCAGAAUGUUUACUUUCGCAAUCCUCCAGUGACGCCUCGCUCUUGAAAAGGAGUCCUAGUUUGGAAGCUACCUCUGAUGCAUCUUCUCUGAAAGCAGACAAUGAUGUCCCAUGCCAGCCGGGUAUUACAAGCACGCCUAAGGACGGCGGCCAAGCGCACGGGGUGGACAGCAUGCCCUGCCCGUUUAACUUACUUGAAGAAAAUCACAUUAAUGGACAAGACUCGGCAGAAGACCCGCUUAUAAAUCCACAGGGGUCAGACAUCUCGAAGAAGCACCUCGUAUCUCUAGAUAUCAGUGGGACACCCAAGGAUCGCUGCUCUUCCAAUCCACCUAUCUUCUCUGUUUCUUACAAGAACAUGAAAAGGAGCCCGUCGCAAUUUUCGCUGGACAAUAUAUCAAUCGACAGCAACAUGCUGGAUGAGCAGCUAGCUGAGAGUGAUGGGAGUGACCACCUAGAAGGCACGCUCGAAGGUUUCUCCUCCCUGAAUUAUCAGUCCGCAGGGGACGCAGGCAGCGCGGAGCUGAGGAACGAGGAUUAUUGCGCAUCUUCCCCAGAAGUGAUGAGUGCGGUAUACGAAAGUACACAGGACUCAAAGAAUGACCUGGUGUCUGUGGUAGUAUUUAAACUACUUGAUGUCAACUGUGGAAUUGACAUCAAAGGAGAAGAUGCGACAAUUUGCUUACAAGUUAACCAAGUGGUUCCAAGCCAGCUGGGAAACGUUGGCGUUUGGCAAUAUCUCAACAGCCGGAGCAUGAGUUCAGAAAGUAAACCGACCGAGGAGAGAAAGUCAUCCCCGGAGAUCAGCCUUCGACUGGAGACGGGUCCGGGUGCUAAAAAGCACUCUCCUCUGGCUGCUGAAAAUGGCUUCCUACAGUGCCACGUGACCAACUUCGACUCCCAGUUCCUCACGUCUUCUCUGGCAAACAUUCGGCAUUUUGUGGAAGAUGAUGCCGUGGCUGAGGUUAUGCCAAUGAAGAUCCAAGUUCAGAAUGCCAGGAUACAUCUCAAGGAUGACAGCCCGCGGAAUAAUAACACCGACCCCGAACCGGAUCCUGUGAUUCUGAACAUCGAGAAUCUCUUCGUAGAGCGGUGCGAUGAUGGAUCCUUCCAUAUUAGAGGUGUAGCCGAUCCAAGCACUGACACUACAACCAACCACAAGGAGCUAAACAGUAUUAUUCUUCUUAAGCACGAAGACACUAAAAACAUGAAAGAAAAAAUCAAUGCGACGAAAUGCACGCAGACGCUUUGUGACGUCCCCCCUGGACCUCCCGAUCGCUCGGAGCUGCUCACAUACAAGGGCCGGAACCCGCUUCAUAUUACUAAGGAACAGCUUCUAGAAGAGAAUGAAUGUCUGAAGCAGGAGCUGGCCAAAACAAAGAUGGCACUCGCGGAGUCGCACAUGGAAAGGGACAGCCUUCUACAUCAGAUCAAGAGGAUAACGUUUGAAAAGUAGAUGCGAAACACUACGCUGUACCGAAAAAGGGACGUCCGCGAUGGAAACCAUCAAAACCACUUCCCAUUUUACACAAAGACGCGGCCGUUGUGCAGUCCCGUUGUCGAAAAGCAACUAAUAACUUCUGGCCUGAAAAUGACUUUUUUUUCCCCCAACAGAAAAAAAGUGUUAACAUAAAAAAACUACUCGAGGGAAUUGUUUCAUUAUUUAAGGAUUGUGUAUCAUCAGAUAUUGUUAAUUAACUUUAGAAAACUUUUAAUAUUGUUUUGAGGAUUAUUUUUAAAUUUUUAUUUGCACUAUCAAUAAAUAAUAAUUAAAUGCAA